UGAUGGUCCCAUCUGUCGAAUCUGUCAUGAAGGUGGAAAUGGGGAGGGACUGCUUUCCCCGUGUGACUGCACAGGAACACUGGGCACCGUGCACAAGAGCUGCCUGGAAAAAUGGUUGUCCUCCUCCAACACAAGUUACUGUGAGCUCUGCCACACAGAAUUUGUUGUAGAGAGAAGACCGAGACCUUUGACAGAGUGGCUGAAGGAUCCUGGUCCCCGCAAUGAGAAGAGGACCCUUUUCUGUGACAUGGUGUGUUUCCUCUUCAUUACUCCCCUGGCAGCAAUCUCCGGCUGGCUGUGUCUGCGCGGAGCCCAGGAUCAUUUGCAGUUCAACAGCCGACUGGAGGCCAUCGGACUCAUAGCACUAACUAUAGCACUUUUCACAAUCUACGUCCUUUGGACACUGGUUUCGUUCCGUUACCACUGCCAGCUGUACUCGGAGUGGCGAAGGACCAACCAGAAAGUCCGCUUGAUGAUCCCAGCCUCACGGAGCCCUCACCCUGUGCCCCCCUCCCUCCUCUCUGCCAAGCUCCUGAAGAAGACUGCGGAUGAAACGACUGUCUGA